AUGAAAACCUUCUUCUCCGUCAGCAGUGGCCUUUGCUUGGCCGUGGCUGCCGUGGCUGCCUUGGCUGCCGACUCCUUCCAGGCAUCGUCCUGGGACUCGUCCCAUGUCAUGAGACGGGAUGUGGUAGUGGUCGGUGGUGGUGCAUCAGGUACUUACGCUGCCAUCCGCUUGAAAGAUCAGGGCAAAUCGGUGGUUGUCGUGGAAAAGACCGGAAGGUUAGGGGGCCAUGCGGUUACGUAUGAAGAUCCCAACACCGGCGGCUCUGUGGACUACGGUGUCCAGCUCUACGACAACAGCAGCCUUGUGCGUAGCUUCUUCAGUCGCUUAAACACCCCCCUAGCCAACAUGUCUUUCGCCUCGUUUGGAAAGCCUGUCUACGCUGACUUCGAGGCUGGCACCCUGCUGAACCUGACGGGGGGCACUCUGGGCCAGGACUACAUCACCGAGCUCAACAAGUACCCCUAUCUGGAGAAUGGGUUUGAGCUGCCCAACCCGGUGCCAGAGGAUCUCCUCCUCCCCUGGGGGGACUACAUCACCAAAUAUAAUCUCGACUUCUCGACAGCCGCCGCCACAUUUGCACGGCCUGCGGUCCCCGGAAAUCUGCUCAAUAUCCUAGCCCUCUAUGUGUUCAACAACCUCAACCAUCUUAUGCUUCACGAGAUGUCCGGUGCUGCGGUCGUCAAUGCUAACAGAGACAACUCUGAGCUCUACCGCAAUGCCGUUCCUGAGCUGCAGCGUGAUCUCCUCCUCCAUUCCACAGUCAUCGCUGGUCAACGAGGUCCAAGAACCAGAGAUGGAGUGCGACUCAUCGUGAAGACCCCAAAAGGACGCAAACUUAUCAUCGCCAAGCAAUUGAUCCUUGGGAUUCCUCCUAUUCUAGAGAAUACGAGGCACUUUGGUCUUGACUCCCACGAACACAGCGUCCUCUCUCACAUCUAUGGCCUGCCCUAUUAUGGUGGAGUGGUGAACAACACGGGCCUCACCCCAGGGUUUAGCUACAAGAACUACGCCGCCAAUACCUCGUACAAUCUGGCAGAAAUCCCCAGUGUGGUCACAUUUAACCCCUCGUCCGUUGACGGACUCUUCUACUACUGGUACAACGCCCCAAAGCCCGUUUCUCAGCGACGCAUUGAGAAAGACGCCAGGGAUGCCAUCAAGACCCUGCAGAGGAUCACAAAGAGCGGUACCCAACUGGAACCUCAAUUCCUAGCCUUUUCCGACUUCGCACCCUAUAGCUUAAAGGUCUCUGCCAAGAGCAUUAGGAAUGGCUUUUACAACGAUAUGUACGGCCUCCAGGGACACCGGAAUACCUGGUAUACUGGGACCCUGUUUGUCACGGGCUCCAGUCAGGUGUGGAACAACACGGAGGAGAUGCUUCCUGAGAUUCUUGCCGCUGUGAACUCCAACUAA